AUGGGGAUUGACUUCCAGACGAACGGACUCGCAGCGUUGAGCGGCACGUUUUUGUUCCUAACCUUUGGAAGCGUCGUGCUGCGCUUCGUAGCACGCUACAAGCAGAAGGGUCGCGUCUGGAUGGACGACUAUACGAUAGCAGUGGCAUGGGUUGGAUUUGUCGGCCUCGUGGCUCUUUCCUUCUUCGGGUUAGGAGAAGGGUUUUUGGGUAACACAACGCCGAAAGACAAGGCUUUGGUCCAGGCGACAGCUUUUACGCAGGGACGCACUCUCAUUUCCUUUGAUGUGCUGACCGCAUUGACGCUUGGUAUGACAAAGCUCAGCGCAGUAUGUUUUUAUCGGCGUAUCUUUUGCUUUGGAUCCCAUCGCGAUGCGUUGAACUGUAUCACGAUGAUCUUCAUCUUCCUCGUCCUCGUGUGGACGGUAACCUUUAUUGUCGUGCCCUUGAGCCUUUGUGGGCCUCUGAAGUGCAUCGACCGGGAUAUACGCCAUGCUACACAAUUUGACCGCUAUGCCUCCUAUUUUAAGGGCUUUUCCGUGUCCGAUUCCAUUCUUGAUGUUGCAGUUCUUGUCUUGCCACUCCCCAAGAUCUGGUCCCUCAACAUAACCACUGCCCGGAAAAUUGCAGUCUCUUGUGUCUUCCUAAUUGCGUUAGUCGGCUUGGGUGCAAGUACAGCUCGAUUGGUUAUCAUGAUGCGUCUUGUUCACAAAGGCAGAGCUGGGAAUGCUAAAGAUCGUCCCCAAGCCAGUACCCAGAUAGUAUAUUACGCCGUCCUUGAAGCCGCCUUCAGUAUUGUCGCGAUAAACGGUCCAUCAUUAUGGUAUAUUGUUGCUAGCAAUCCCCUUGGCCGUAUCCUGCAGAGCAUUCGCAGUAUCGUGUCCUUUGCCCCCAGUCACCGCCCCAAUUCCUCCAAGCGCUCGGUGGAACGCGUCACGCGCGAUGCCGCUAUGGGUCACAAACUUGAUGUUACAGACUCAUCGCCGUCGAGUCCGGCUAAAGGUAGUGUUGAGACAUACGUCAUGGCGGAUUUGAAUGUGGUACCUGCUGCAAAGGGCAGCCGAGGUGGUAUUCUUGUGGACCAUCUGUAA